AUGACAAAGAGGAUCAUGGAAGAGGAACGCGAGACUAAACGCGUCAAACUAGUACACGCCGCUACUAUCAACGCCCACAGCACCCCCGUGCAACGACGACUGCGAAAGAUGAGUGAGGAGUUCCAGCCGUCCAGCUUCGGCUUCCUGGCGCAAGCACGCUUGCUCUGUGUGGGUAUGUCGGUCGUCUACCGGGUUUCUCUCUCCAUGACCAUCACGAGCACCUGCAUAUCGAGGGGCACAAACGGCUUGACGACAUUUGCUGCUUCCAAUGGCGGACACACGACACAAUCAUCAUGGGUGAUUGCAAUGAGCCAGAACAAAUUUUGUGGGUUUUACGACCACGUGAACUCCAUCCUGCACCAUCCAAAUGUGAUACAACACCUCACCGCACCCGCAUAUAUCCAGCAAGAUCAAGACGUUGUCGUCGAAUGGAAACCCUUCGACGUGUUUCUACGAAUCCUCGCCGAGGUAUUCCAACGGUACCAACAUCUACAAUAUACGGCCUUCUCCAUCCAAGCAGAUGCCAACACUAUGAAAACAAGUACAGUGCAGCUCGAGGGCUUUUUGUCAGACUGCUGGAGAGCACUCGAGGUAAUUGUCCCAGCUCUUGUAGUGGAGCCGUAUCUUCCAGCACCAUUGGGUCGUGAGGUGCUGUGUAUCUACUUGCUAAUGCGUGACUUCCUAUCUCUCCCUAACAACGUGCUGGACGCCAACUGCACGUACGCUAACGCCAUUCUAAGUCUCGAAGACGUCGAAGAUUUACUACCGACGCAGUCAGAGCAUGCCUGCAGUAUUUGUCUCGAGCAGCUCGUCUCGACUGAAGUGAAGGGGGUCGAACUCCCAGAAAGCGACCAAGACUUACCUACCAGCAGGAACUUCUCUGUUAAGUUGCCCUGUGCCCACGUCUACCACGAGAACUGCAUCAUGUCGUGGCUGCGUCAUAACCAAAGCUGUCCCGAGUGCCGCGCUCCCGCCGGUAGCAGCGUGUAG